UGGCCUGCCCCCUGAAAUUACUGGACUACAUCCUGGAUGCAGAGGAGACGCUCAAUUCUCUGUGGGACUGAUACGAGAGAAGUCUAUAAAGAGGAAGCAGAGAAGCGCGUCUCACUUCAGUCUGGGACUAUCGGAGAUAACGGACACAACAUCCUUACACCCGUAGGACUGUACCACGUACAUUAAACCUUUUACAGCCAAAUUCAAGUAUUGCAUCGUCUGAGAGAGGCAGGAAUGUCUGAAAAGAAAUCCCGAAAUUCUGACACCCGGCCCAAGAACGUGCGCAGCUGGAGUGCAGACAGCUACGUGUGGAGCAGCAAGAAGCGUUCCAGAGCCUCGCGGGCCGAGAGCCGCGUCUGGGGAGACGAGGCCGAGUGCCCCGAAGACCAGGGAGCGCGCUCGGCGUCCUGCUCUCGGCGGCGCAGGGAGAGGAAGUGCAGCUGCUCGCUCCUGGCCGAUGGCGACCUGGACGUGCCCUGCAGAAAGGUGUUGUCGCGGCGAUCCCUGCGACAGAAAUUCCAGGACGCCAUGGGUCAGUGUCUCCCUCUCCGCACACACCACCACCACCACCACCAUCACCACCACCACCACGCGCCUGGCGCCGCGCGGCCCUUCUCCGUGCUGCUGUGGUCCAAGCGGAAGAUCCACGUGUCCGAGCUCAUGGAAGACAAGUGCCCCUUUUCCCCUAAGUCUGAGCUGGCCCAGUGCUGGCACCUCAUAAAGAAGCACGGGGCCCACGACAGGCUUGCACUGGGGUCGUCCGCCGAGCGCAAAGCCUCCUCGCUCACCGACCCCUCCUCCCCCCCAGCUCUGAUCUCCUGGGAGGAGAUGUCCUCGCAGUGCUCCUCCCAGAGGACCCACAGCCUGGACGACUGGGACCCGUCCUGCCGCGCCGGCGAGGACUCGGACGACUGCUGCUCCCACACCGACUACAUCCUGGUGCCGGACCUGCUCCAGAUCAACAACAGCCCGUGCUACUGGGGAGUGCUGGACCGCUUCCAGGCCGAGGAGCUCCUGGAGGGCCAGCCGGAGGGCACCUUCCUGCUGCGCGACUCGGCCCAGGACGAGUUCCUCUUCUCGGUCAGCUUCCGCCGCUACAGCCGCUCGCUGCACGCGCGCAUCGAGCAGAGCGGCAAGCGCUUCAGCUUCGACGGACGCGACCCGUGCAUGUACCAGGACUCCAGCGUCACGGGCCUGCUCCGGCACUACAGCGACCCGGCCACCUGCCUCUUCUUCGAGCCUCUGCUGUCGCACCCACUGCCCCGGACCUUCCCCUUCUCACUGCAGCACCUGUGCCGGGCCAUGGUGUGUAGCCGCACUACCUAUCAGGGCAUCGAGACCCUGCCACUGCCCUGCGCCCUCAGAGACUACCUCAGGCAGUACCACUUCAAGUGCCAGGGAGCCUGUGCCAUUUAAGGUGCUAGGACACGAGACUCAAGGGGUUUUUUUCUGUUUAUAAGGAUAUGUGAAAAAUGGAUGUUGAAAAAUGAGAGAAAGAGAGAAAGAAAGAGAGAGACAGACAGACAUCAGAAUGUACACACAGUGUGUUUUGACAUGCUAUCCAAGGGUUUUGUGAUGAGGCACUAUUCACUGUGUCUUUUUAUGAAUGUUACAAAUAUUUGUUCCUACUAAAUGGGCCAAAAUUUCAGAUCCAUUUUGAGUUUUAUAGGAUUUAAUGGUACAGAUGACACACCAGUUUUGGUCAAAUACAAGCAUCUGAUCAUUACAGACUGUUUCUGACAUGCUAUCCAGCAUGUAUUUGCAAAUGGGUAUGCUUUCAAAUAAGCACAAAUCUCAAGUGAUUUAGCUUCUAUUUACUAUACCAAUAUUUCCUAAACAUAUAAUUACUUGCUUAUUCUACACACAAAACAUUUCACACUAUGCAUCUCAAUACUGUUUAUUCAUCCGAGAUGUAUGGAAGGUGUAGCAUGGCAACAUUCCACUAGAUGGCGGUACUAACAAAUGAUUAAGAUGGGCCAUUGCCGUGAAUGAUACUGAAGGGCUAUUUAAGGGGUUCAUGUUGAUUUUUUUGUAAAAUCUUAAAAGAUUUCCCAGUGCUUUCACUGAAGUUCAAUUAUGAUUUGGAAUUUUCAAAUAUGGGCUGUUAACUCUUUUUCCAUGUAAACGUUUGACACCAUAUGCAUAUACAGAAUCCUCUGAUUAUUUCCAGAGUAUAAGAAGAGCUUUUGUAAAACGCUAUGUCCACCAUUUUAAUGCAUUUUCAUUAAUAUUUUUUUACAAUUUUGUUUUCCAAAUAAUUUCACUGGAACUGUGUUUGGGUUAUAAGUAUGAGUAUAUACUCUUUUGAUCCCGUGAGGGAAAUUUGGUCUCUGCAUUUAUCCCAAUCCGUGAAUUAGUGAAACACACUCAGCACACAGUGUACACACAGUGAGGUGAAGCACACACUAAU